UGCAGGCACGUUUAAGCUUGGCUGGCAUGGUGUUUUCCGACUGUUAAGCUGAAUUCCGUGGGAACUGUGAACAGAAGUGUGUUUCAAGCGUCCUCGUGCGUUGCACAGCCGGCGGCUUUCGUGCCGUCUGCUCGAACGGAUUGCCCUGAACUUUUUCGUCCUGCUAGCGAAGCUGCUCACGUACGUCUUAUGGUAGGAAGAUUGUGCACCGUCGUCUGCUUGCGGCGAGCAGAUACACCACUGAUAUGCAGUGUGCUCGAUGAGAUAGACUGAACGUUUGCGUCUGCUAUCACUUGUUGACGUACAUAUGCUCUCACGCAUGCAGUGUUCUUUUUACUGCAUGAGUUUUUUUAUAUUUUUGUGAUUUUUCGGUGAAAUGAUUCACACGACCGACAGAGGAGUGGUCACCUUACACGAGCCUUCCGUUAAUCGCCUUUGCUCGGGGAUUCGUCUGCUCGGCGUACGUGAGUGACUACGGACCGGAUUUUUUUUUUUCUGUCGCUUCGGAUACAGUGCGAAGACGACUCGGUGUGCAAAAGUGUGACGUUUCUGAUUAUCGGUGCACUAAAGUGAAAGUGUUCAUCGCCUGGCGCAGCAACUACAGCGGAGUGUAUUUCGUACGGACCCCACGCAAUAGUCUGCGACUUCCAAAGGGGUGUACUUGGAGCCCGUGGUCCAAAACGUGGUGCCAGCACCGUCCACCUCGGACCAGGCCGGCGCCCCAGCCACGCUGGUGGCAGCAACCAUGUUGCCACCGGGCGUGCGCCAGUCGUCCAGGAGUGACGUUCUCCUGCACGGCGAAACCAAGAACGUCUGGGAGCUGCGCUUCGCCUACAAGGCCAGCCCAAGGCCUCCGUACCUGACCGCCACGGAUUACGUGUUCUACGUGAAGCGACAGACGCAGCGGGAGAACAACCACCACCACAACCACCACAGUCACCAAAAUGGCGGAGGUAGAACGCUGACGUCAUCCGGCGGCGGCGACCAACCAGCUCUCAGCCCGGAGGACGCCAUGGUGGAGCUGACAAACUUCACGGAGCUCAUGCGCCGGCUCAAGGAGGACUUGCGCUCUUCCUACAGCAGCUUCGUGGAGGAGUUUGUGAGCGAGCCCAACGACGGCGUCACCCUGCUGCUCGACCUGCUCAAGACGUACCGGCGGAGCACGGGCGUCGACCACGGUCGCUACGCGUCCACCAGGGCGCGACAGCAGCAGGCAAAGAAGGCGCAGUCAGAAGAACUGGACUGCCUACAAUGCCUUUUCUACUCGCUCCGAUGCCAAAAAUCUCUCGCGAAGAUUGUCAACCACGGCAGUGGGCUCUGCACCAUCGCGUCAAGCAUCAUGUCCAACUGCAGCAAGUCUCGGAAGCUGGCUCUAGAGCUCUUGACCAAGACGUGCGAGGACCACCCUGCGGGUCACGUGAAGGUGCUCGAGGCCAUGUCGUCGGUGCGACUCAUCUUCGGAGAGCCAGUGCGCUUCAAGUUCCUCGUCUCCAUGUUGCUGGGUGGAGGCAAGAUGACGGCCGGAUUCGAGUUCUCUGCGAUGUACUUCUUCAACAUCCUGCUGUCCAACAGCAAGACACCGUCCGAGCGAGUACGUCUGCAGAGUGAACUCGAAGAGGCCGGCUUCGACGUCACUGUCCUCGAAAAGAACCUGCACGAGAAGGGUGUUCCUUCGACGGACGACGUGUGGGAGGAGAUUGGUCGCUGGAAGCGCAACUACCUCGACGUCAGCACAGCCCUCAACGAACACAAGCGGGUAGGCAGCGAGAACGGCAAGCUGCGCACCGAGGUGGAACUCCUUAGGCGUGCCCUCAGAAAACUGGAGGAAGACAAGAUGAACCUGAUCCAAGUUGAACGAGAGCUUAAGGAGAAGUGUGAAGACCUCAAGCAAGAAGUGCUUACCCUCAAGAAAGUGAUCGAGGAACCAAAGACUUCUUCCAAGACCUCGGACACGGAGGACAGCGACCAGAGCGACGCGCAAGCCACGGACUCGGGCCGCUCCAGCUUCCUGGAGUACUCGACCGAGACCGAGCAGCCAGCCGGAGAGGAGGUUCUCAUCGACGUGCCCACCAUAAGACCACCGGACGGCUUCCAGUCCGAUUCGGACGACAUGAUCCCCGCCGAAAAAAGGGCGCUCGCCUCGCUCAAGAUCUCAAGCACACCGAAGGCAAUCGAAACCAAAAACACCUCAUCGACGCUUCCUAGCAUAUCGAAUAGUAACCACAGCAACGGCAAUAGGACCGCCGCCGUGAACGGUACCAGUCACGACAGCGACGGCAGUUCGGACAAGGACGACGUCAUUGACUGGAACUACCCGGCGCUUCCAGAGCCCAAACUGUUCCGCAAGAACAGUCGCUCGGCGUCCAGGGGCGACGCGAGCGACGAGAAGCCCCGCGUCGUCGGCGUCCACCGCUUCGUCGACUCGGCCACGGCUAGGCGUCGCAGCAAGUCGGAAGACCGGCGGAAGCUCCAGCAGCAGCAGCACCACCACGAAUCCACCCACGAAAUCAUCAGCAACGGCAUCCUGCUGGACAGGUCAAAGGAACCGAAUGCUCUGGCAACGAUGUUCCGGAAGCAGCCGAACCUGUCGACGUCAUCUUCGGCACUGACUCGAGCAGAGCCGACGCCUACUUCCGGCGACGUGAAUAAGAAGUCCACGUCAUUUCCGCAGGACAAGCUGGGCACGAGACUCGCGACGUCGACGAACGGUGCGUCGAAGAACGGCUCCGGAAAGACAUCUCUGGACGGAUCCAUGACGUUACCAGGGAGUACCGUGAGCAAUGGGAGCAAGGCAGGCCUAACAGCGAGCUUUCCUAAAAGCUCUCGGUUUUCCACGCUUUCCACCGCACGUCGAAGCGGCUCUGAAGAACUCUUGAAGAGCCAGGAAGGCACACCCGUCGACGAAGGCCCCUUCCCGGCAGGCAUCGCGGCGUACAAGGCCAACUUCAUUCUUCGGGGACACGGGAACUGCGGUCUGUACUCUGGCGCUACGUUGCCCAAGCCGAAGCCGGCAAGUGACGUCACGAAGGUUUCCUCUACGUCACCGCCGGCGCCAUGCGCCUCCGCGAGAGACUCCGUCAGCACGGAAGUGCAUCGCGAGAUCGCGGACGCUGUGCGACAAAUCGGGGGUUGGUUGUAGCGUUGUGUGUGUUCUCGCUUUUCUUCUUUUUUGUGCGCUCGUCGUGAUUGGUCGUCGUUUGCGGCAUCUGUGACGUCACUAGAAACACGAGACGUCACAUUUCAAGGGGUCCUGAAGCGCCUUGCACUUUAUAGCACUUGUUCUUGGAUGCUCUGAAGGCACUGCCAGGAAACCUUUGGCUGAGGCAACUCCAAAUAAUGGUAUAAAGAGCUGUGUCCGUAGUUCUGGUCUAGGCUAUCACGAAGAUAAAAAAGCGCAAUGUCCUAAAAAUACACUUAGUGUAAGCUGCUUUGAUCUACAGUACGAUCCAUAUCUCGGUUUAAAAGUGGCAGUAAACGAUGUUUUUAAAUUUUUAUGAACGCCGUUACAGAUCUUCGCGCCUACGCUGCAGAGAUGUGCCUUGCAUUACCUCUCAUCCAAAGGUCACAAAAACUGAGCCUUGGCAGAUCGGUAUGUCUAUUCAUCAAUAAGUAAGUGGGGUAUAUAUAGUGAGGCCUUCUUGAAUUCGGUGCUGUGUACGCGUCACUGAAAUAGCGGGGCAAUCGCUUACAAGAUGAGAAGAGGUGGCACACAGGCCACCUCCCUGGCCUGCUGGGAUGAGAGCCCACCAAGCUUUGCUGCAUCACUGUUAUCUUUUAUCUCUCUUAAGUUGUAAAUAACUCGCAACAUUUUAUAGCCUUCACACUUCCAUUAGCGUUCGCGGCUUUAUAAUUUAAGAGAAAUCAAAGCUGUUUUUUUUUAUAGCGUCGCAUCAUCUCAUUUUGUGGACAACGCACAUUAGAGACGUGUUUCUGUGAAAAAUUUGCUCAUGUCUUUUUUUUUGUUUCUUCAGAAUUUUCUCAAAAAAAAGGUGGUGUUGGAAAUGGUGUCAGCUUCCCGAAGGGCCGCUUUCGCGGUUUAAAUGUUGUGCACGUAUUUAUGCUAGAACGACGCUGCGAAUGCCUAUUGACGAAUAUAGGUGCUGGGUGUGAUGCCGCGCCUGUGUCACACACGUUUUAGCCCGUCACGUCUUUAUCCACGAACGCUCUCCCGUUCAUUGAUGUUAAAGGGCCCCUAACUAGCCUCUCAAAAACAUCAUGCCCGACCGCUUCAUUCUCUGCUGGCACUUCCCAUCUUUCCGCCACAAUUCGUGUCGCCAGCCGCGUUUUACUCAAAGUCAUGAGAAAAUGAAGUUUUCUAUCGGGCAAUAUAAUGAGAACGUCAGUUGCAAAUUGUCUCUUACCAUGCAUUAUCGUGCCGGUCGCGCGCCCCCUAAACACCGCCUUGCAUGACUGUCGGGCAUAAUAAACUGAUUUCACUCGGUUUUUUUUUAUACAGCGCGAACAGGGCAUAAUAUCGCGGUUCUGAAAAGCGCAUACUUUUGGUAGGCUGGACACUUAGCUCUGACAUUGCCCGUGUGCAGGUUUGCCUUUGGUGGCUACUUUGCGCCAUAUUGGCUAUUUUCGACCUGUUUGUCCACCAAAGUUUCCAUUUGGUGCCAUGACUAUCUACUGGCUACCUUCAAAUUUCUGAUUUUAUGCAGUCAAAAAGGUUUUAUUCGUUCGUCAAUAGUAAAGACCCUGUGCAUAAUACCACACCUUUUCUGUCUGGCUACAAAUUUGGCGAUAUUAUUAAAUGACAUGGCUACUUGGUCUACUUUUGGCUUCCCACCAGCAACCUUGCCUAUGUGUCUUUAAAGAAACAAGCGUCCCGUAGAAGGUAGCGCCUGUAAAAAGCUUGGCAGGGAAGGCAAGACAGAAACCACUUUCUUGCCAUCGAAAACACAGUGACUUAGGGGCCCUUCGACAUCCAGUUUUCGUGCUGUGUCGUUUUCUUCUCUGUGCCUGCACAGUCAGUGUCUGCCCAUUCUUUCGAUCUUUCGUUGCAACUCUAAAAAAAAGUUUUAUUGUCUGGGUGACGAGAGAGUGGGGGUCCUUGUACGCGAGGCCUGUGCACCCACAUGCGUGCAGUGGCAGUGCUGGUGGUUUUUGCGCAGUUCAUUUGCAAAUAAAGUCAACCAAUCAUCGAU